AUGGACCGCAGAGCAGCAUUGGAGGCCAAACGGGCCAAAUUGGAGGAGCUGCGACGACAGCGGCUGGCACGAGAGGCCCAGAUUGCGCCACCGAAACCGGCCCCUCAGAGAACCUCCAUUGCGGACCAAGACGAACAAAACAACAAGGAAAAUGAGCCGGCUCAGCAUGCCCCAAAGCCCGUUCUGUCAGACCCGGUCCCGACUGGCGUUCAGCACGAUCUCGUCCAGACUCCCCGCCAGAACGAACCCCCCGUUCUGCUGGAAAAAUCCACGUCCACAGACGACGAACAGGCUCGCAGACUAUGGGAACAAGAAAUACGCCAAAAGCUCGAGCAUGAGAUCCGCGAGCAGCUGCAGCGCGAGUUCGAGCUCAAGCAGCAGGCCCAGAGCUACAAGCCGGACCUCACGCCCCUCCUGGGGUCGCCGAUCCCGCCGCAGAACGAAAACAGGAACAGCAUCUAUGCUGCUGCCAAAGAAGAGCCCGACGUGACCAGCACGUUUGUGACGGCACAGAAACUGCUCUUCAGCGACGCCGUUGCGUCGAUGGCCGUCACGUCGGUCGACUGGUCGCCGCACUAUCCCGAGCUCAUCGCUGCCGCGUACACCGGCGCCCACAGGCCGUGUUCCAUCGUCGUCUGGAACACCCUCACCCUCGCACCCGAGUUCAGUCUCCAAACGUACACAGACAUCACCGAGGUGAAGUUUGUGAAGUCGCGCUCGAACCAGCUGCUCGCUGGCGGCGUCGACGGCAGACUGUACCUGUACGAGUUCGACUCGGCCACGAGGUAUCCGGUCUCGUCGACGGCCAGCUCUGGCAAGUAUCCCGUGGUGGCCAUUCUGGAGACCUCGAACUCGGUGGUGAGCGUUUCGUCCGACGGCGCGGUCUGUGUCCACUCCAAGAACCUGAUCACCGCGAUUUCGCGCUCGCGGCUCGCGCUCGGCCAGAAGUUCCUCAUCACAGCGUGCUCCCUCAAACAGAACCACCUGCUGCUCGGGCUUUCCACAGGCACGGUGUACCGGGUGGAGCUGGGGUCGCUGGACGACCCGGCCGCGCUGCAGCUGCUGUCUGCGACGGCGUGUCCGCUGCCGGUGGUCUGCAUCGACCACAACGCGAAGACGGCCGUCUCGUGCGCGCUGGACUACAAAGUGAAGGUUUUCGAGAACGACGAGCUCCACACCAUCAACACCUCGAGCCUCGUGGCCGACGUUAGCCUGGACCGCGAGUCGCAGACUUUUGUCACCGUGGGGCCCGACGGAGCCGUCGAGUUCUGGAAUCUGGGCGAAAACAGACACGCGAGUCUCGGGGCGAUGAACCUGGGCGUGCCGCUCAACAGGGUCGAGUGGAGCCCCGACGGGCGUGUUUUCGCGUGUGCCGCGGCCGACGGCCACGUCUACCUGGAGAUUCUGUAG